ACCUCCACUACUACAGCCCCGGAUUUCAUGUUGCAGCUGCACCUCGGCAUAUCUCACCCUGUUCUCGUGUUCCGUAGACAGAGCCACUCGGCACAUGCACCCCCGCAACUCAAGUGGGCGGACAGCUACCCGGCUCUAGCCCCCGCCGUCGCCGUCGCCAUCGACGGCGUUCUUGCUGUCGCCAGGAACAACAAGCCGACAACAAGCCAGGCGCUUCUGUGCUGCGUCGACAACCGCACUGCUGUGGCAGCGCAGCAUGGUGCCGGGAGCACACGGCACUGGCGCCGUGGAUCCACCUUCGGAUGCCCACAAGCGCAAGCGCGACGCCGACGACAACGGCACCCAGCCUGCCCACUCGGGCCGAAUCCCACAGCCUCCGCCACCCCAGGCAGGUAAUGGCGCCCCUAUUAACUACCUCUCCAGGGCUAGUCCGGCCAGGCUGCGCCUGAUCCAAGACGACAGCGAUGCAUUCACUGACGUCCUGUCUCUCAUGGGCGAUUACGAAGGGGUACUCAGUCGCCACGAGAGUCUAGCUGCAAACCUAGGCGCAAAGUUGACCGCUCCCCGUCUCCUGCGCGCAAUGGAAAGCCUCUUCGAAGGUACCAUCACUGUAAUUCCGGACAUCCCCUACCGGGACACCCGGGCGUCCACUGUUUACAAGCCUACUUGGCUAGAAAUCAUUGCAUUUGCAAAGUCCAACCCCGGAGACCUGAAUUUGAUAGCCGCUCCUGACGGCCGCCGAGUGUGUCAGUUUGUAAUGAAGAAUGUCCGCGUCGGGAUAAGCGAAGACGACUGGCGCCUUAUCAUGUCAAGUACUCUCGAUCGCUUCCGCUUGGCUCCCGCUCGGCCCCUGGAAGAGGAUGAAGCCAUAGAGCUGGCUACUCUCGAUAUCCUCGAGCAACGCCUGCAGACACUCAUCAAGAAAGCUGACGAGGUAGCGCGGAGAGCCCGGCAGCUCAACUAUCAUCUCAGUGGCCGAAAAGCCGCCAUCAAUUCUCGCCGUUCACCGCCGGUUGCUCAACAAGGCUCUGGCUUUCAGUCUAUGAACCAGCCGCCCGCACGGUCAGGAGGGCCAAAUCCGGGAUACGAUCUUCACGCCGACCUGCUGCAGCAGUUUCUGGUGCCGGCCCCGCAACAAGCUCUUUCGUCUGCAUCUACCGCGUCCUUACCUACCCUGUCCGAACCGCCCCGGCUACGCCAACCUGCUCAAUUAGUUACUCCGAGUACGAGGCCCUCAUCCGUGCAUGCAGAUGAGCUAGCGGCCUAUCGAGAUCACCAGUCAGAGUCCGCCGAAGACAUAUCCGCGGCUCACCGGCCCUUAAUUCAGGCCCGCAUUGAGAAGCUUGCGCGUGGGGAUCCCAUCUCCCCGCCUUGCGACCGCUGCCGACGAUUGAAGACGUCCUGUGUUAAGCAUCUCACUGCUUGUCAAGGCUGCACGCGCAAGCACGCUAAAUGCAGCUGGAAAGGGGUCACGGACGAAGAGGUUGCCGCGCUCAGGGGCGAGCUUGUUUAUGGGCGUGGGUUAGGAAGAGAACUUAGGGAACUAGAAGCUGCAGACCCGGCCGUUGACGAGCGAGACGAUUUGCUCAUGACAGAGCAAUCAUCUUCUCACCUACCGAUAGAACCUGGUGAGGGGUCAAGAGUCUUGCGGGACACUAGUAGCCGACACCGGCAAGGGAGCAGGGGACAGACGGCAGGUUCGGCUAGCAACAACCACUACGGAAGCCGAGACGGCUCGACACCCCCUAGAGGUCGCAGUGGCGGGAUUCAUCUCGCCCACUUGCUACUACGGGACCCUAACGACGACAACAACAGGAGCGUCGAUACACCGCCCCCGCCCCUGGACAAAGACGAAGAUGGCUCCUCAGCGAGAGGCACGCGGGGCAGCCACGACCCUGUGGUUCACAGACACUUGAGCCACAUGGCGUCUGUAGCCACGGCAGCAGCCGAGGCUAGAGAGGCGUACGCCUCCAAGGUGUCCAGAGGCAGCACCCCUGGCUAACGUUUUAACG